AGAUAUUUACGAAAAAAGUCUAUAAUAAAAUUGUUUUCAAAAAAUAAAAAUUCGAAAUCCGACUUCGAAAAUUCGAAAUUAAGUUCGAAAAUUCGAAGUUCAUCAAAAAUUAAAAUUCUUCAAAAUUUUAUCCAUUAAACACGUAAAUUGCAAAAUUUCAUUUACAAAUCAACAAAUUACCUAAUCUAGUGAAUGCAAAUAAUACAUCAUAUUAGUGUCUUGAAUUUUGUGCGAAAUUCUGAAAAUGAAGUGUUUGCUAAAUGCGCAAAUCGAUAACACAAUCAGCAUUGUAUUGCUAAUGUUGUUAAUUGCGUUGAAUUCGCGUUGUGUCGAUUCAAGCUGAAUUGUGUUAAAUAAUUGUGAUGUUCGUUCACCAACAGCUUUAGAUUAAUACAUUCAAUUAUUAAUGAAUUUACUACGCAAACUACGAGAUUACCAAAUAUUUUGGAUACUUUUUAGACAUAAAAGUGGACUUAGCAAGAGCUUGAGGUGGAGAUUUUAAAGUGAAGAAAGAUUGCAACAUUAACAAAGAAAAUAUUACAAAAAGCCAACAACAACAAUAACAAGAAUAAAGCUAUUGCAAGUCUGAAACAAAGCAAAGUGGAGUAUCUUACAAUUAAAUUGUGUGAAAAAAUGUGCAAUGACAUACAAACCAACAAACACACAAACAAACAAAUAAGCGAGUGCAUGCGCUGUAAGAUGAACGCCAGUGAGUAAAACCAGUGUUGUCAAAUUGCAUGCAACUUGUUGUAAGCGACACCGCAGCGGCUACGGUUACACAUGAACAAAGCGAACAGCAAUUGCAAAAACAACAACAAAUUGGCAGCAAACAGCCACAAAGGUGCCGAAAAUUCUAGAACAAAUGACAACAACAACAAGAACACUAACUAAGCAAUAACUGUAAAACAAAGCGAAGAGUAGAACGAAAUUCAGUGUCAUCGUCAGCAAUUGUGACAUUUGCGUCAUCAGACAGCAACAACAAAAAGAACAGCAACGCGAAAAGAAACAUUGACCAAUAAGCCAGCAAGCCAGCCAAUGGGCCAAAGCCGCCAUUUGAGCUGCAAUCAACAUCAGCAAACAGCAAACAUAUAUUUCUGCACUAAAACAAUAACAACAACAAGUGUAUAUUAGAGUUGCCACAAAGCGCCAAAUAAGUAGUGCAUAGCACUCUUUGCUCCCUCUUCAUCGAACAGACGCUGUCUCAUUCACUCAUUCUCUCCGUCUCUAUCUCCCUCUCUCUCUCUCUCCGUUCUACAAAUUGAUUGAACAGUCUAAAUGUUGUUGCCGUCACCAGCGUUAACAGCACAUUUGCCAAGAGUUGAGCGUUUAGUGCCAGCAGAAACGUCAGCGACGCCGGCGGCACUGUCUACAGCCAAUAGAGCAACCAACAGCAGAUUGUGCAGCAAAAGCACAAGUGCAGCGUCAAUUGACGAGGUGGCAGUUGAAAAAGUGCUCUUUCUACGACAACAAUCCGGACUUAAUCACUUCAAAUAUAAAUAUCAACAACAAGUGAAGCGGCGGCAACAUCUGCGGCAAGCAACACAUCUGCGUUAUUCCAUCAACUGUACCCGCAAUUCCCAGUCACUGUGUGCAAUUAGUCGAGCCAACGCAACCUAAGCGACAUCUCUGGGUAGCAAAGAAAGUUAAAAGAGUUGAAAGCGACCAUGCGCGCAUGGCUUCUACUCCUCGCAGUGCUGGCGACUUUUCAACCGUUCGUUCAAGUUGCUAGCACCGAGGAUAUUACGUCGAGUUUCAUACAGGCGAUAUCACCGUCAGUAAAGGAACUGAAACAGCAACAGCAGCAAGACUUAUUGCAAUUGGAGCAAAGCCGUGACACGCGACACACAAAAUACAACAACAAUAAUAAUAAUACUCAACAAUUUGUGGCAAGCAGACAAUUAACGGCAUUAAGCCCAGUUAUCGAUAUAACCGCGUUAUCAGUGACCAAGAGAACACAACCACAAACAAAAGCAAAAACAUCGAUCGCUACGAUCUUCAGCUACAAUAAGCGCAGUGAUAGUGAUAUUAUUUAUACAAAUAACGGUAAUAAUUUCAAUCCAACUAGUUCCAAGGAUAAUCAAGAACAAAGCAGUGAAGUGAAACAAAACAAAAACAAAUUCAAUAAAGUGAAUACAAAACAACAAAAACACAACGAAGUGAACGAUAAGCAAAAUUUAGUAGAAAUUACAACAAAUAAAAACAGAAACAACAACGCAGUGCAAGUGCAACAAUUAGCAAAUACUAGCGAUAAAACAGCAACAAUAAAAACAAAAAGUACUAAAAAGUUGCAAGCAAUAAGUGCAACAGUGAAGUUAAGUGAACAAGUGCACGAAGCAGAAGCAGCAGAAGAAGUGAAAAGCGAAAUUACAACAACCAAUAAAAUGGCUAUACAGGAGCACAGCAAGCGGCACAGAAAUCAUAAGCAUCAUCAUCAGCAACAACACAGCAAAAUUGCUGCCGAGCAACAACCAGCGACAGCGACGGAUGCGAACGAGCGUUUAGCGACGGCAGAACGCUUGACAGCCGUCAGCGAUGAAAGCGCCACAGCGCAUCUAGAAGCUGCUGAAAAACUAGCGCAGGAUGCCAGACAGGCCUACAAUGCGCCUCCUAAGUCUAAAAACGCAUCCGCCGCGUCCGACAGCGACGAUGAUGUCGAUGCCGAUAGCAGCGAGGAUGAGAGCACAAGCGAUGUCACAGAACCCGCCACAUACAGUAAUAAGGAGAUUAUUGGGGACAAAUUGAAACCCGAUCCUUCGACGCUAGUCCAAAUCGAGAAUAGCCUUCUGUCGCUAUUCAAUAUGAAGAGGCCACCAAAAAUUGAUCGUUCCAAAAUCAUCAUACCCGAAGCGAUGAAACAAUUGUAUGCGCAAAUUAUGGGCCACGAAUUGGAUAUGGAUAAUAUACGCAGGCCGAGUAUGCUGUCACGUUCGGCGAAUACAGUACGAAGUUUUACACAUAUAGAAAGUAAAAUUGACGAUCGAUUCCCGCAUCAUCAUCGGUUUCGUUUGUACUUCAACGUGAAGAGCAUACCCAACGAGGAGAAGUUGCGAGCUGCUGAUCUGCAGCUAUCACGUGAAGCCAUCAGCGAUGCAGUGCUUAGCGAGCACCUGGUGAAUCGAACAAGCUACCAAGUGCUCGUCUACGACAUUACACGAGUGGGUGUGCGUGGCAAGCGUGAGCCCAGCUAUAAGCUGUUGGAUAACAAAAUGGUGCAUUUGAAUAGCACCGAAAAGGUGAGUUUCGACGUGCAGCGAGCGGUGGAUCGGUGGUUGGCGACACCGAAAAAGAACUACGGUUUGCUGAUUGAGGUGCGAACGCCGCGUACGCUCAAACCUGCGCAACAUCAGCAUGUACGACUGCGACGCAGCGUCGACGAGCCACACGAUAGUUGGCAACACAAACAACCAGUGCUCUAUGCCUACACCGAUGAUGGCAAACAUCGAAUGCGUACGGCGCGUGAUACAACGACCAGUUCAUCGCGUUCGAAGCGUGCCGGUCAUCAUCGACGGGCGCAUCGUAGGAAAAAUAGUGAUGAGAUAUGCCGACGACAUUCGCUGUAUGUGGACUUUGCAGAUGUCGGUUGGAGUGAUUGGAUUGUGGCGCCGCCGGGUUAUGAUGCAUUCUACUGUCAGGGCAAAUGUCCAUUCCCGCUGGCCGAACAUUUGAAUUCGACAAAUCAUGCGGUCGUGCAAACCUUAGUCAAUAACCUCAAUCCGCGAAAGGUACCAAAUGCCUGCUGUGUGCCAACACAGUUGGAGGGCAUCUCAAUGCUCUAUCUGAAUGAUCAGAAUACCGUUGUGCUAAAGAACUAUCAGGAUAUGACGGUGGUCGGUUGUGGGUGUCGGUAAUAAGGCGCUGCUAAUGUGGAAGCAAGAAAACAAGUUAACAACAGCAAUUAACAGUAAAUGAAAUGCUCGAAACACGACAACGACAAAGGCAACAGAGGAAGAAGCAACCAGACGAAACGAAUAAUAACGAUUAACUGUUGAUAUUCGUUAACAAGAUAAAAGAGAGAAACGAAUGCAAAUUGUACCAGAAGCCAAAACCAAUGUCGUCGAUGGCGUAUUACGAAUACAUCGACCAAAAUUUGAUGUGUCCGAACGACCAGUGUAUGUGUAUGUGGAUGCGUGAUCGUGUUCGUGUGUGUGUGCAUCAAGUCAACAAGCUGUUGCGACGGACAGCAGCGAAAAAGAGUGAAAGAGACACGUCACACGGCAUGCGUGUGUGUGUGCGCCAAUUCGUUAGCAACGCCAUUAGAGCGGAACUGGAACAGAGAGAGAGCAACCGCUAUGCGCUCGCUAAAGGACGAAAGGUCAGAGUUCACGCGAAGCGUUUAAGGCGGAAUUUCACUCUCUCUCUCCCACACCACGCAUACGUGCACACGAGCACACGCAUCGGGAGCGCAAACGCAUGAGAGAGCAUUUAAUGCUGGAUUUCAAGCCGCUUCACGCUUUAAUAAGUUUAAAUUUUAUUAAACGAAAUGCAAACAAAAUGGACUGAAUAUUAUGAAUUUUAAGUAUACAUUUUAGACUUUAUUUCUUAAAAUAGAGCAAGUUAAUAAGUGGACAAAACACAUGUAGUAAACAAAGAGAGCACAGCGCGCGCGCAAAGCUGAGAGUUAACACAGCAGACAGUUGCAGAAGCGCGUUCAAUGAGAAAAACCACCAAAAAUGAUUGUCACAAUUGACAGCCAGGCUGCCAAGACGUUCGACAAUCGGUGAGAGCGCAGCGCACACAUUUCGCGACCCCACAAGAGAGUAUAUUGAGAGCGCAAUGGAGUUAGAAUAAGAGAGCGCGCCGCCACCUAUCGCCCAAUGAAGUGAGCAUCAUCAUCAUUAUCACCGCCUCCACCGCCGCCGCCGCCGCACAACUACUGUUCAACUAACGGCGCUGCUGAGCGCAUGCCUUAAGCCGCGUACUUCUAACGCGUUGCCAACUAUUUUGUAUUAUUUGUGGAUCGUACUACUUCUCUGCGCAAACGCAACUGAGCUAGCUGAGCGCAAUAAUUUGUACAGUAGUGUUAAAAAAUAAAUAAACAAUAAAAUAUUUUUAUUAUUAAUUUUAAAUAAAUUAAUUAAUAUUAAUAAAUGUCUUGUUAAUUGUAAUGUGUAAAGCGCGUAAAAAUAGCAUUUGUUUUUGUAUUUUUAUAAUUUAAUUUAAUUUUUUUUUCGUUUUUUUUCUUUUUUUUUUUUACAAUCGAAUUGUGUCAUUCGUAGUCACUGUAGCUGAUUGAAUUCAAUUGAAUAAGCGAGUCAAAGAAAACAGAAAUGAAUAAAUUAUUCAAAUUGAAUUUUGGGAAAAAGUGCUUUUAUUGAAAUUCCAUAGAAAAUUAUAUGAUUUGCGCUUUCUUUCGAAUCGAAGAGAGAGCACGCAGCAGCAAGCAACAGCAAGUGCAUAUAAAUAUCGGUGUACAUAUCGCUCUAUCAAUAUAUAUAUAUUUAUAUUUAUAUAUGUUUGUAUGUGAAAAUUCUAAUUGAUUAUAGCUUAUAGUUAACAAUAAAGCGAGUAGAAAGCAAAAAGCACAACAACUACAACAAUUAUAAAUAAUUUACAUAUGUAUGUAUAUUUGUUGCUGUGUCACAGCUGCGCUGCGCGGCACGCGGUCAGUUGCCCGCAGCCGCCGUCGGUUUUGCACCAAUUGCCCUCGAAUAAUAUACUGACCUAUACUACUUAUUAUUUACAUACUUAUGUUAAUGUAUAUGUAUAUUUUUUAAAUUUAAAAUUUAAGUAUUUUUUAGCAUUUUUUUUUAAAUUAAAUUAAAUUAUAUUCAAAUUGUUUGUGCAGUUGUGUGACGAAUAUGUUGAUACUAUUUUUAAAUGAAAUUAAAAACAAAAAAAGAAUUAUGCAUAACUAUUUUGUAAAGUGUUUUUUCUACUAUCAAUAUACUGUAUGUAAUUGUAUAUGCAUAAAUGUAUGUGUAUGUUUUCCUAAAGAAUAUUGCAAUCAACAAAAAAAAAAACAAAACAAAAAUAAUUAUUAUAAAUAUAUAUAAAUUUUAUUAUAUAUAAAUAUAUAGAAUUUUUGUUUCUAAUUAGUAUAUAUUAUAACUACGAUAAAUAUAUAUAUAUAUAUAUGUGUAUGUAUGUAUGUAGUUUUUAACGAUUUCGUUUUUUAAGUGGAAAAAAUACUGAAAAUUAUGUUGAAAUGUUAUAAACAACACUCACAGACACACACACACACACCAACAUAAAUAAGAAACAAAACACACAUUUUUAUUUAUUUAUAAAUAUAUAUUUGAGAACAAAAACAAAGAAAACUCAACGAAUGAAAGAAAAAAAUAUAAAAC